UUUUCUCCUUGGUAGAAUAGAACUAGCUUAUUCAUGAAAACCCAAUUCCUAAGUAUAGAGAAUACAGUGACGGAAACCUAUUUUUCUGUAACGGCAGCGAGGAUAGCCGUUACUCAAAUUCGAAGAUUGGCGGGAACGUCAAGAAGACCAAAGCUUACCAAAGAAAGAAAGAAAGAAAGAAAGAAAGAAAAGAACUGCAAGGAAACUAAAAAUUCAAUAAAUAAAUAAAUACAGUAAGAAAAAUGAUGUUCUGAUUCUGAAGCUCGAACUGUUUGAUUUUGAUGAAUUCGAUUCCCAAAAUUAUUCCAUCUCUUCUUGAUUACAUAACAUCCACACUUCACCAUAAAUUCCUAAACCUCACCCAAUUACAACAAAUCCAUGCUCAAAUCCUCACCAAUGGAUAUAUCCAUUCCACGCCUCUCCUUACCAACUUCGUCUCUUCGUGUUAUCGAUCGCACAAACCUCAGUACGCAGUUCUGUUCCUGCAAAAUCUACCAAAGCCCGGCUCACUGCUAUGGGAUUCGAUGAUCCGUGUUUCGUUAGAAUCCGAUAAUUGUCAAGAUUUUGUGCGUUUUUUUAAUGGGUUACGAUGUAAUCAUGUCAUUCCCAGUAAAAGUACGUUAUCUCUAAUCCUCCGUUCAUGUGCUGGUCAUUGUGCGACCCAACUGGGGGAAUUGUUUCAUUGUCAUAUAGUAAAAAUGGGUUUUGUUUUUGAUUUAGUUUUGCAAACUGGGUUGCUUGAUUUUUAUGCAAAGGUUGGAAAUUUGGGGUCUGCGAAGCUGGUGUUUGUGGAAAUGCCUGAAAGAGAUGUUGUGGCAUGUAAUGCAAUGAUUUCAGCGUUGGGUAAGCACGGAUUUGUUGAGGAAGCACGGAAUCUAUUUGAUGGUAUGCUGGAGAGGGAUUCCUGUUCUUGGAAUUCCAUGAUCAGUUGCUAUUGCAAAUUGGGUGACAUUGAUUCUGCUCGUUUGAUCUUUGAUGGGAAUCCAGUCAAAGAUGUGAUCUCAUGGAAUGCAAUGAUCGAUGGAUAUUGUAAGUCAGGUCAACUAAUGAAUGCUGAAAGGUUGUUUUUUAGGAUGGGAUCUGCUAAAAAUUUUGUCACAUGGAAUACCAUGAUCUCGGGAUAUGUGCAAUAUAGGGAAUUCAGGAGAGCCAUUUAUGCUUUUCAACAAAUGCAAGCUGAGAGAGUGAAGCCAACCGAAAUAACAAUGGUUGGCUUGUUAUCUGCAUGUGCUCACCUUGGCGCUUUAGAUAUGGGUGUAUGGUUUCAUGCUUACAUUAGAAGAAAAAACUUAAAAAUUGAUGUUGUUUUAGGUAAUGCUCUUAUAGACAUGUACUGCAAGUGUGGGAGUAUAGAAGCUGCAUUUGAUGUUUUUCAUGACCUUCCUGUGAAGAACGUAUUUUGUUGGAAUUCUAUCAUUGUAGGACUAGGAAUGCAUGGUUACGCGAAGGAAGCAAUAGAUGUUUUCAUGUCAAUGGAGAAGGAGGGGAUAAAACCGGAUGGGGUCACCUUUGUUGGGCUGUUGUGUGGUUGUAGCCAUUCGGGAUUGAUAUCUGUUGGUAGAAGCUAUUUCUCCCAAAUGCAUGCCAUUUAUGGGGUUAAACCUGGAAUUGAACAUUAUGGCUGCAUGAUUGACCUUUUAGGGCGAGCAGGGCUUCUUGAAGAGGCGUUAAACCUCAUAUUGACCAUGCCCAUAAAACCAAAUUCAGUGGUGUGGGGAAGCCUUCUCCGAGCAUGUCAGAUUCAUAAGGAUACCAAAUUAACUGAGCAUGUGACCCAGAAUCUAAUGAAGUUGGAUCCAUGUGAUGGAGGAAAUUAUGUGUUUUUGUCCAAUAUAUAUGCAUCGUUAAAGCGUUGGGAUGAUGUGGAUAUGUGCCGGAAAUUAAUGAUUGAGAGGGGAGUGCGUAAAACACCUGGAUGCAGUUCAAUCGAGGUGGAUAAUAUAAUACAUGAGUUUGUGGCAGGGGAUUCUUCACAUCCCCAAUUCCCACAAAUUAAUGUGUUUCUGGACAAGAUUGCAAAGGAAUUGAGAGGGCAUGGGCAUGAGCCAGAUACAGCUUCUGUGCUCCAUGACAUAGAGGAUGAGGAGAAAGAGAGUGCAAUUAUAUAUCAUAGUGAGAGAAUUGCUGUUGCUUUUGGACUAAUGAACACACCACCUGGAAAGACAAUUCGAGUGGUGAAAAACCUUCGAACAUGUAGUGAUUGCCAUACUGCCAUGAAGCAUAUAUCAGAAUUAUUUAAGAGAGAGAUAAUUGUGAGGGAUCGAAAUCGGUUUCACCAUUUCCGGAAUGGGAUCUGUUCCUGUAAGGAUUACUGGUAAUUGAUGGUAUGUACUCAUCUUUAUUGCCAUUUUGUUUUGUCAUAUACAUUGAAGUGAAGGUUUAGUUACAAUGCUCUUCCUUACUUGGGGCUUUGAAGAGAAACAUCUUGUUCCAGUGCUGGUAUUACUUUACCUUUGCUUGCUGUUUCACAUUCUAGCACUGAAAUUGCAGGUUAAUAUUCUCUGACCGGUUACUGAAUGCUUCAACCAAUAUGUGACCCUUUUUGGCCAAUCUAGGACUAUGUGAAUCUUUGAAUACGCUAGAUGUCAAAUUCAAAUUUUUUACACCCUUGGAGUUGCAAUAACUAAGUAGGUAGUUUCUCAUGGGUAUAUCUCCAUACCAAUACGUGCGUAAGAGAUGUCAACUUCAAAUUUUUACACCUGUGAGUUGCAAUAACCAAGUACUUUCUAAUUUGAUGAUUUAUUAGGAUGUUUGAAUAUUUCAAGCAUCGGUAUCAAUACAUCUCAGAAAUUUAUUUUUUGUGGAAAGACAACAGUAUAAAAUUCUCAUGUCCGUGAUCCUUAUAAUUAUAAACAAUACAAAAUUAUUUAAUUUAAGUAAGCCCCACCAUUUGAAAGCUGCA